UCACCAGCCAGAGGGCGCUCAGUUUCAGAUGUUGGAGAGGAAGAAGCACCGGGUUAAUAGUAGGUGGUUUUGAGAGGUGUCCGAGAAACAGAAGUCGUUUAUAAUCGCAAUGGAACCCAAUGAUGUUGUUUGAUUCACUUGCGGUUGACUGGCGGAGUGCACAGCUUGGCUACUUUGAAUCACGGUCGUAUAAACGAGCUGCUGAAAGCGAUGGUUAAAGUUUGAGUCGAAUCAAAGUCAGGACGAGGAGACAAAAAAUAGACGAUCUUUGAAGAGGAUUAAAAAAGCGCCUGGAAAACCUUUAUUAAUCUCUUCAUUGAUCCGAUUCUGCUCACUUCAUUCAAUUUCGGUGACCAGUUCCCUGGUGUUUUGUUGUUGCAGUUGGGAGGAAGCACAUCGGAGGAAGGUGUAAAACCACAGCCAUGUGGUUUAUUUUUUUCCAUUCUCUUCAGGUUCCCGUGUGAGGUCAUAAAGAUGGGACGCGGCGGUCCAGGGAGCAAAGCUGGCGCUGGCGGCUGACUGGCCCCUCCAGCAGCCAAUCAGGAUGCAUGUCUCCUCGAUGGGUGUCAGCAAGCUAUGCUUCCUGUUCUCCCUGGCUCUCUGUGCCCUGCUGCUCCUCCUCCCCACCCUCCAGCCCUCACAGCACCAGGGGGACCUGCCCCAGCCCCGGGCCCACAACAAGCCUGCCCGGCGCCCUGGACGUCUGGUGGUUCCUCUCCAGGCAGAUAUGGGGAACGGGACAGUGACAGUGGGGCGUAAAGGGAUUGAUGGUGUCUCUAUGGAGCAGAGCACACCCAGAGAGACCAAGAGGACUGGGGAUGGGGACUGGGUGUAUACAGCUGGUCGAGGUGACACCCAGGGCACUGGGAAGUAUACACACUCUCAGAUACGGUCGGAGGGGAACUUCCUCCACAGAGCUGGGGGUGUGGCGGGGGCUGGAGGGUCUCGGUCCAGGAACCCUCUGGAGCUGAAAGACAUUUUCAUAGCGGUGAAGACCACCAGGAAGUACCACAAGUCCAGAUUGGAUCUGUUGUUCCAGACCUGGGUGUCCAAAGCCAAAGAACAGACCUUUAUAUUCACAGAUGGGGAGGAUCAGGAGCUGAGGAGGAGAGCAGGUGCUAACGUCGUCAACACCAACUGUUCAGCAGUACACACGCGGCAGGCCCUGUGCUGUAAGAUGUCUGUGGAAUACGACAAGUUCAUCGAGUCACAGAGGAAGUGGUUCUGCCAUAUGGAUGAUGAUAACUAUGUGAUUGUACCCAGUCUGCUGAAGCUGCUGUCCUCCUACCACCACACCCAGGAUGUUUACCUGGGCCGGCCCAGCCUCGACCACCCCAUAGAGGCCGCAGAGAGGGUCAAGAGUGACGGAUCUGUGUCAGUGAGGUUCUGGUUCGCUACAGGAGGAGCAGGGUUCUGUAUCAGUCGUGGUCUGGCCCUCAAGAUGAGUCCAUGGGCUAGUCUGGGGAACUUCAUCAGCACGGCGGAGAAGAUCCGUCUCCCUGACGACUGCACCAUCGGUUACAUCAUCGAGGCGCUGCUGGAGGUGAAGCUGACACAUACACAGCUCUUCCACUCCCACCUGGAGAACCUGCAGAGGCUGCCCACAGACACCAUUCUGGAGCAGGUCACUUUGAGCUACGGGGGUUUUGAGAACAGGAGGAAUGUGAUCAGCAUUGGCGGAGCCUUCUCUCUGGUGGAGGACCCGUCACGAUUUAAGACUGUCCACUGCCUCCUCUACCCAGAGACUGACUGGUGUCCUAGUAAGGGUCACCAUUGAUGGCCACUACAGUACAGCAUAUCUACAAUACUUCCUACCAGCCUGGUUGACUGGUGUCCCCAUGUAUGCUAGCUAUGGCAAAAUAAUGACAAGGCCAAAACAGGUUCACUGGCACCCAGGCUAACCCUACAGAACCACUUCACUCAGACGCUUGUAACGCCAAGGUAGUGGGUUCGAUCCCCGGGACCACCCAUACACAAAAAUGUAUGCACGCAUGACUGUAA